AUGGAUGCCACUAUAGUACCAACUGACGGUUUUAAGACAAAUGACGACAGUAUGCUACUGGAAAUUUUCUGUCUCGUAUGGCUCGAUGCUAAUGCAAACGGCAAAGAAACUCGAAAUACAGAACAAAAGUUACGUUCUAUUAUUAAUAACCUCAAGAAAUUUCAAGAUAUAGAACAAUGUCGAAAAUUUAUUGAAGAACGGUCACAAAAGGAUAGACUCAUAAUGGUUGUCAGUGGUCGAUUGGGAAGAGAAAUAGUCCCUUCUAUUAAUCAGCUUCGACAAGUAAUAUCAAUCUAUGUAUACUGCGUGGAUAAGAAAAGUGUUGAAAAUUGGGCUUCUAAAUUUUCGAAAGUAAAAGCGGUAAUUGUUGAACUAGAUGAACUCAUCGAUCGCAUCACAGCUGAUCAUAAAAUUCAGAAAAUCGUAGAGAAACCAUUGUCAAUUAAUAUUUUCACUAUUAAUGCUGGUGGAGGUUACUCAACAAUCAGUUUAAAUGGGCAAUUUGUUUUUUCACAGGUUCUUAUUGAUUGUCUUCUGCGUCUAAAAUAUACUGAAGUAGAUAAAAAUGAACUUAUUCAUCAUUGUAAACAGCAGUACGAAGGCAAUGUGAUAGAACUGAGCAAUCUUCAUGAAUUUCAACAGCAAUACUCACCUAACAAAGCCUUGUGGUGCGUUGAUAAAAAUCAAGCUCUUUCGUUUCUCAGUACUUCUAAUGCUACAAUCAAUUUAGAACCAAUCCUAUUUGAGAUAGAUGCUGAUCCCACUUUGGCCAAUACAAAACCAUUCGCUGAUAUAAGUACACAUAGCCAUUUUUCUGGAGAAUCAGAAGUUCUUUUUAUGCUCGGUUCAAUAUUUCGUUUAAACAGUAUAGAUCACAGUAGCAAUGAUCAAGUAUGGAUCAUCCGAAUGACUUUAUGUAGCGACGAUGAACAUGAUUUAGAACAAGUGCUCAUCAAUAUGAAACAACAAUUUGGGUGUGGGGAAACAAAUCUUCUAACGUUAGGAAAACUGUUAUGGGAAAUGAGUAAACUUGAUCUGGCUGAAAAAUAUUUUAUUCGUUUGCUAGAACAACUCCCGCCCGAUGAUCCUUCACUAGGAGCUUUGUAUCAAGAUCUUGGCAAACUGACAUCACAGGCUGGUGACCUUGACAAGAGCAUGAAAUGGCGUAAAAAAGCUAUAGCGCUUCAAAGCGAAACGAAUCAAUACCAAGCAAAUCUACUGCACAUCAACUUAAUCAAUUCAAAACAUUGUUUUUCAGGUCCGGCAUCGUCAAAAAAAUUAAACAAAGGUGAACCUAUCAUAGUUUAUAUACCAGAUUUGCCUGUUAAUAUAGAUAGUAAUCAAUUACUCGAAAAUAUGAUUCGGCAAUGUUUAGAAAUUAAACAUAAACAAAAAAUAGUCGAUGUUAAAUGUGAUGCCAAAUUAGGCAUUGGAAUUGUCUACUUACAUACUGAUGAAGUUAAGCAUAAUUUAAUUAAUAUUAUCGAAAAAAUUAUAAUUGAAAUAUCCAAAAAUACAACGGUAUCAUUUGUCGAUGAGCUGGAACUAGUAUCUUAUAUUGUUGUUGAUAACAUGGAUACAAAAGAGCUUCCAUCAGUAGAUGAGAUAUGUCGACGAUGGGUUCAUCUGUACAAGGUGCAAUCCCAACCACAAUGCGAACGACUAUCUGCUCAAUUUCCGAACAUCUUUCGAAUAAUAACACAUUCAUUAGAUGAACUACUCCCUGCAAUGUCAACUAAGGAGUUCUCAAUCAAUAAACAGUUCGCAACUGUUUACUUCCGUGCUGAUUGUGCUUUCUUUGAAGAUUUACCACGAACGUCAACAUUAGAUCGAUUGACCGACGCAAUCAGCAGUCAAAUCUCUGAUAAAUACAUGUCCAAAGAAUUAAUACAUAUACAGUAUAACAAAGCAAAUGCUAAUGCUAUUGUGCUGACAUCAGGAAAAGCUCGAAUGUGGGCCCUACAUAGUUCAAUUCUAUUAGAUGGACGCUCUUUUAUGAAAAAGGACAGCCUUGCUUGCCGCUUAUUGAUACGCACCGUACCCAAAGAGGUGUCAACUUCACUUAUCCGAAAUCAUAAAAUGUUUGGUGAUGCUGUUGUUAAAAUAUUCCCUAGUGGUGAACAUGUCGUUCUCGAACUUUCUGAUCGAAGUAUUUAUGAGAAGUGUAUUGAUCAAGGUGCUGUACGCAUUAAUCAACACAUUUUAGGAAUGGAAGCUUAUACAUUUACAAGUAAUCCUGAAAAUAGUGAAAUUGAUGCUGAAAAUUGGUAUGAAACAGAGAUGGUUGAUCAUAAGCCCGAUAUAAUGCCAUUUAUUUCUAAUUCUCAACAUCCUAUUUUUCAAUAUCAAUGGAAUCCAAGAGUGUUUUUAGAACAAUUUCGUUUGUGGACAUCGAGCGAACGUAAGGCUAAUGAAAAAGAUCAAGUUAAAUUUGAAAAAUUAUGUAAUCUGAAACGUCAUCUAUUACGAAUGACAGUUAUGUUAAAUACGAUCGGUGUAGUAAAAAGAGGCUUUUAUCGUAUAGGUGAAAAAGAAAUCAACUUAAAACCAGAUCGAUUAAAAACAAUUCUCUAUGAUCAUAAGUCAAAAUUGCAGCGUGGUAAGACAAUAUCAUUAUCGCAUGCUACAGAAUUCCCGUAUACAUCUACAUCAGUCAGUGUAGUAAAUGAAGACUGCUUCAUUGUUUAUCAGAAUCUGGUAAAUAGAGGCUGUCGACCAGUUGUUUUUAAUGUGGCUAAUGCUGCCAGUCCAGGUGGUGGCUACAAGCGAGGAGAUGGAGCUCAAGAAGAAACACUUUUUCGUCGUUCGAAUUAUUUCCAAAGUCUCGAUCUUGAGUUAGAUGAUGGAAAACCUACAGCACGGUUCUAUUGUAAUUCAAAUUGUGAUUUAGCACCAUUAGGUAAAGGUGAUCGACUGUAUCCAAUGGAUGAAUUUGGAGCAAUUUACUCAGCAGGAUUGACAGUUUUUCGACAGCCUGAAGAUACUGGCUAUGCUUUCAUGGAUAUACCAAUGUACGAUGUAUGUGCCAUUGCAAUGGCUGCCUAUCGUGAUCCGAAGCUUGAAAGUGACCUUCUCACUUCCCAAUACUCUCUUGUAACACGAAAAAAAAUUGAAAAUAUAUUUGCUAUUGCUUACCAUCAAAAACAUGAUAGCCUUGUUCUAUCUGCAUUUGGUUGUGGUGCAUUGAGAAAUCCACCAAAACAUAUUGCAACAAUAUUCAAAUCAGUUAUUGAACAAUAUGCUGGAUAUUUCAAAUACAUCUAUUUUGCUAUUGCGGAUGAUCAUAAUGCAGGCCAAGACUUGAAUCCAACUGGAAAUUAUCGUCUUUUUCAUAAAUUACUCGAUAAUUUAGAACAAGAACCAAAACAGCAACAUCUUGUCGACAUGAUGAUUGGACCUUGGCGAAUUUUAAAUCAAAAACCUAGUAAAGAAAUAACCUUAAGUGAUAUUCGAAUCCGCUAUUCAUAUCCAUGUUUUCAUGGAGGAAAAUGCAAUGAUUUGAACAAUGAACAACAUUGUCGUGAAUUUUCACAUCCACCGUUAUGUCCUUACGCAAAUGAUGCAGCUACAUGCAACAAGAAAAAUGAUAAUCAGCAUAUGCUUUGGUUCAGACAUCGUGAAAAAUGUUCAUAUACUGAGGAAACUGAUUUCAUGCAUUCGAACGAAUUUGAACAUCCUGAAUUUUGUCGAGAUGGUGGUCGAUGUGAAAACAUGGCUGCUGAACAUCUUAAAGCUUAUCAACACUUGCCGCUAUGUAAAUAUCGUCGUGAAUGUGUCGAUUUCAAUAGUGGAUCAGUUGAGCACUGUCAAAGCUACCGUCAUUGUGUACCGAUGUGCCGCUUUGGUCAUUUCUGUACCAAAUUUCAUGACGAAAAACAUUUAAGCGAAGAAAACCAUCCUUUUUUACAACCAUGUUCAUUUACUCCAUUUCAUUGCCGACAAUACAACAGUUUUGGUGAGGCAGAAGAUACAAAAAAAUUAGGGAUCGAUGUUCAAAAUCACUGUUUUCACUAUUCGCAUGUUUGCCGGUACGGCCGUCAAUGUCGUGAUACAUCAGACAUUCAUUGGAAAAUUACAAUUCAUAUUGCUCGUAACAUCUGUUCAUUUGGUGACAAAUGUAGACAAACAUAUGACGAAGAUCAUUUAAAUUCGUUCUCACAUCCAGGUAUAGCUGAUAUUCGUCUUUUAUGCAGUUAUCCAACGUAUAAAUGUCGUGAUAGACGAAAACCUGAACAUAUUAUAGAAUAUCGACAUCAUGGUGGAUACGACAACAGUGGAGUCAUCGGCUGUUUUGGGCAGAACCACAAAAUUGAUUUUGUUAAAAAUCAAGAAAGAAUUAUUCAAACAAUAAAUACCUAUGUGAAAGAUACACAUUUCAGACAGCUAUCUGUAUCGUUAGAAGUUCAAAAAUGGGUUAAGGGCCUACAGCCUAUUCAUCGAUGUUCCAAAUUAAUUUUCGAAUCGAUACUUGUGCAUGGCCAUGCCAUGUCUCGUGAUCAUAGGGAAAAUUUAAAAAGAUCCUAUUUCGCAGCUCAAGCUGUUCAAGAACAUAAACGUGUGGGUGGAAUAUUUGAUCGAUAUAAAAUGGCACCUAUCGAAGAUAAUGCUAAAGAAUAUAUUAAAGCUAUUGUUUCUCUGGAAUACGGUAAAAAAUAUGCUGCUGGCGAUACAACAGCAUCAGGUGGAUCUGAUGAUAAUGACGAUGUAAUACGUAGAAAAGAAAGAAUUUUACACACUUUAAUCAAGCCAGACGAACUUAAUAUUAUAAAACAAUGCGCCAUUGAUAUUGCUGAAGCCUCGUGGAAUCUUCAUAAUGCUCCAACUGGUAUCAAAUAUGAAACUGAUAAAGCGUUAGGUACUGAUAAACAUGUUUUUAGUAUUCUUGGGCCACAUCUCGAUCAUUAUUAUGGAGAUAUAAUUCUUGUAUUUAAAAGCGAAGUAAUGCUACACCCAGACGCCAAUUUCUCUCCACAAGCAGGCACAUCAUUUGCAAGUGGCAAUACGUUUAAGCAUCGGCCAUGGGUUAAAGAUCCUGGUACUGAACCUGAAAGAAUAAAAUGUUUUCAUGAAUCGAAAUUGCAUUGUGCUGUACCGGGAUACGAAUAUGCAGCAGCAGCAGCAGAACUUAUCGUUAUAUCAGGAUUACUGAGAAAUACAAUAAAUGCUGAUGUGCAAGACAUUAUUACUCGUUGGAACAAAGUUGAUUCACAUCAAGUACUAGAGGCACAUCUACCUCAAUUGGUACCUCUCGAUUAUAUUGAAGAAGUAUACAUAGCAAAAAAUCUAUUCGAUUCGCUGACUCCAGCAGCACAAGAGUCAGCAAAGAAAAUUUUCCGUGGUUCACUUCAUAUUACCAAGCAUGAAAUUAACUUGACUGAUACCGGUGGUGGAGGUUCGCAGCCAUCGGAUAAGAGUCGUGCUGACUAUCAAGAUUAUGUGAUGAGUGCUUUAAUAGAAAAAUUUAACAAACGAAAGGACCGUACAAGACAUUUGCAUGGCUCUGUCCUCACUCUAGCACCAAGUGCAUUUACGGAUCACAUUAUGUUACCGCAAACAAUCGGUCAAGCGCGUACUCAAUAUCUUCGAACUCAUAAACAGAGCUCGAAUUCCGACGACAUAUAUAUUUAUUGGGAAACAAUGUAUGGUGAUAUGAUGGUCACUCUUUCAGAUGAGCGAAUCGAUCCUGAUAAGGCUCAACCGGAUAUUCAAUGUCUUAUUACUGGUAAAUGUUCGAGUAGUUCACGUACAUUUCAUCGUGGUGCUAACAUUGAAAAUUUCCUUACCUACUGUCUUAAAAUCGAGAAAAAAACGGGUCAAGCAACACUGUCACACGCUGGACCAAACAGUAUUUAUUGUUAUGAAACGAUAACGUGUAGAUUUUCGAAAGCAACACUUGAUUUAAGUAAAUUAGACUACGUUCGCGUAAGUGCUGGUUCGCAAAAAGUACCAAUCAGAAAUUUAACUAUUAACUUCGAAAAAAUUCCCGAUUUACAUCCAUUAUUCGAUAGAAAUUUCAAACGAGGGGAUGAUCCAUUUCCUAAUAGGAAAUCGCCUCAUCAACGUAACCGCUCUCCAUCUCCUCAAACUGCACAAUCAACUCGCGAUAAGUCUCCAUCGUUUCUUCGAAAAGCUGUUGCUGUUUUUUUUGGUUAUGAUGCUGAUGAUAAAAGCCUUGAUCCCUGCCCCUAUUCAAUCAAUUGUCUGUUUCAACAAGAAUCGCAACAUAUGAAAAAAUAUUCUCAUCCUUGCCCAUACUCUGAACUUUGCACUAAUAAAGAGAAAGAGCCUAAUCUAACACAUGAACCGCACCGAGCAAAACAAUGUCCAUCUAAGAGUUCUUGUCAAAAACUUCAUGAUCCUGUUCAUCGAGCGCAGUGUUAG